AUGCCAUCGUUUCACGGUCGGGUUUCUAAGCACAUCUUGUCCAUAAUAUCUAACCCUCUUCGCCAUUCAUCUGAACCCCCCAUUUCAACGAGCUUGUCGAUAAAACUGCGUCGUUCAAGCUCCACAGCUGAUCGCAGCGGUGAAAUGGAAGCACCAGAGCAACAACCUCCAGAGCCCAUACCCAAUAGGCCUUUGAGAGGCCAAAGACCAUCCAAUCCCCCGACCUCCCCUCUUCAAUUCCUCAACAAAAACUCACCCAUUUCAGAAAAGAGGAGAGAGAACCCUUCUCCGCCAUUGCAGGAUAGCAGUUUUCUUGAAAAGCUCAAGCUUGGUCUUGAAAAGUCCAAGAGAGAGAAGCCUCAAGAAGUUGACGAGCCGCCCCAGCCACCUGAAGAAGCAGACGAGAUAUUCAAGAAGAUGAAGGAGACGGGUCUCAUUCCCAAUGCUGUGGCCAUGCUUGAUGGGCUUUGCAAAGAUGGGUUGGUUCAGGACGCCAUGAAGCUUUUUGGGUCGAUGCGUGAAAAGGGUACUAUUCCUGAGGUCGUUAUAUACACUGCUGUGGUUGAUGGGUUUUGCAAAGCCCAGAAGCUUGAAGAUGCUAAGAGGAUUUUCAGGAAGAUGCAGAGCAAUGGGAUUAUUCCCAAUGCUUUUAGUUACACUGUGUUGAUACAGGGGUUGUAUAGGUCUAAUAAGUUGGAGGAUGCUGUUGAAUUUUGUGCUGAAAUGCUGGAAGCCGGUCACUCACCGAAUGUAGCUACUUUUGUGGGAUUGGUUGAUACGAUUUGUAAGGAAAAGGAUUUGGAAGAAGCUGAAAGUGUUGUUGGGAAGUUGAAGCAAAAGGGGUAUUUGGUUAAUGAGAAGGCUGUUAGAGAGUUUUUGGACAAAAAGGUGCCAUUUUCACCCACGGUUUGGGAAGCUAUCUUCGGGAAGAAGAAGUCACAGAAAUUUUUUUGA